CACACCUUUUCCUUCUCUUUCCGCUCCGGCUGGACCCGAAGUGGCUCAGAGAGGGCGGGUUUCUCCCCUGCCGCCUGCAGGCUCCGCGGCCCCCCGCCCUACUCGGGCUCCGCGGGACCGCCCGGCCGUCCUCCCGCCGCCGGGAGCGCUGUGGGCCGCAGCGGGCCUGGUCGCAGACGCCGUGGCGGCCGCCGCUCGCCUGAAGGGAGCUGCUGGCUGGGCCCAGGGAGUCCCCGCCCGAGACCGCGCCGCCGCCGCCGCCUCCGCCGCCGCCAUGGCUACAAAAGACCCUACAGCUGUAGAGAGAGCAAACUUGUUAAACAUGGCUAAACUCAGUAUUAAAGGACUCAUUGAAUCUGCUCUAAGCUUUGGCCGCACUUUGGAUUCUGAUUAUCCCCCCUUGCAGCAGUUCUUCGUUGUUAUGGAACAUUGUCUGAAACAUGGUCUUAAAGUAAGAAAAUCAUUUUUGAGUUAUAACAAAACUAUAUGGGGCCCUUUGGAACUGGUGGAGAAGCUGUACCCAGAAGCAGAGGAAAUAGGAGCUAGUGUCCGGGAUUUACCUGGUCUUAAGACCCCCCUGGGUCGUGCAAGAGCGUGGCUUCGAUUAGCCCUCAUGCAAAAAAAAAUGGCUGACUACCUGCGUUGCUUAAUUAUUCAAAGGGAUCUCUUGAGUGAAUUCUAUGAGUAUCAUGCACUAAUGAUGGAAGAAGAAGGAGCAGUAAUUGUUGGGCUGCUGGUUGGCCUGAAUGUGAUAGACGCUAAUCUGUGUGUAAAGGGAGAGGAUUUAGACUCACAAGUUGGAGUGAUUGAUUUUUCCAUGUAUUUAAAGAAUGAAGAAGAUAUUGGAAAUAAAGAAAGGAAUGUUCAAAUUGCUGCCAUAUUAGACCAGAAGAAUUAUGUUGAAGAAUUAAAUAGACAACUGAACAGCACAGUCAGCAGUCUCCAUUCAAGAGUUGACUCUUUAGAAAAGUCAAAUACUAAGCUGAUUGAAGAGUUAGCAAUAGCAAAGAAUAAUAUCAUUAAACUCCAAGAAGAAAAUCAUCAAUUACGAAGUGAAAAUAAAUUGAUUUUAAUGAAAACACAGCAGCACCUAGAAGUUACCAAAGUAGAUGUGGAAACUGAGCUUCAAACAUAUAAGCAUUCUAGGCAGGGGCUAGAUGAAAUGUACAAUGAAGCCAGAAGGCAGCUUCGAGAUGAAUCUCAGUUAAGACAAGAUGUGGAGAAUGAGCUGGCGGUACAAGUUAGUAUGAAACAUGAGAUUGAACUUGCCAUGAAGUUGUUAGAGAAAGAUAUCCAUGAGAAACAAGAUACUCUGAUAGGCCUUCGACAACAGCUAGAGGAAGUUAAAGCAAUUAACAUAGAGAUGUAUCAAAAGCUGCAGGGUUCUGAAGCUGAUUUGAAAGAAAAAAAUGAAAUAACUGCCCGACUAGAAGAAAAAACCAAUAAAAUUACUGCAGCCAUGAGGCAGCUGGAACAAAGAUUGCAGCAAGCAGAGAAGGCGCAAAUGGACACUGAAGAUGAGGACAAGAAAUAUCUACAAGAAUGCCAGAGUAAAUUCGACGGUCUGCAGAAACAAAUCUCCCAAAAGGAGAAACAGCUGGUGCAACUGGAAACCGAUCUGAAGAUUGAGAAGGAAUGGAGGCAAACUUUGCAAGAAGAUCUUCAAAAGGAGAAGGACACCUUAUCUCAUCUUAGAAAUGAGACCCAACAAAUCAUUAGUCUUAAAAAAGAGUUCCUUCACCUCCAGGAUGAAAAUCACCAGUUGAAAAAAAUAUAUCACGAACAGGAGCAAGCUCUUCAAGAACUUGGCAACAAACUUAGCGAAUCAAAACUUAAAAUAGAAGAUAUAAAAGAAGCCAACAAAGCAUUGCAGGGACUGGUUUGGUUGAAAGACAAAGAAGCAACACAUUGUAAACUUUGUGAAAAGGAAUUCUCACUCUCUAAGAGAAAGCACCACUGUAGAAACUGUGGGGAAAUUUUCUGUAAUGCUUGCUCUGACAACGAACUGCCUUUGCCUUCUUCACCAAAGCCAGUACGGGUUUGUGAUUCCUGUCACGCAUUACUGAUUCAGAGAUGCUCAUCUAACUUGCCAUAAUACUCCAGAACUAAAUUCUUAUGUAUGAAAAGUACCUACGAUGAAUGUUAUGUAUGAACGUGUAUACAGCGUAUUCAGACAGUCCUUCUUAAGCAGCUUUCAGACAGCAUUGGUACCAGUUUUACUUUCCACAUAUUCAACUCACGGGAAUUAUAAACUGUAUAAUUUGACAUUUCCUUCCCCACUGUAACUCAGAAAGAAUUUGAUAGGGCAUGCUUUACAGUAACUUUAUCCUAAUUCCUGAUGUAGUAAUCAUGUAACUCUUUUCUUAAUGCCAUUGAGAGGUCAGAUAGCAUAGCUAACACAUUUGCCUUAUUUUGUAAAGACCUUAAAAAUAGGGCUUCAGAUUGUUUUAUUCUCCAGAUUGUCAAACUGAUAUUUGAUGGUGCCUGUAAUUUUCUUAAUGCACUUUAAAGCUUCACAGUUCUGAAAGAUUGGAGAUACACAUUUUAGAAGUAUUUAUAUUUCAACACAUUUUUCAUUACCUUGGUAAGAUUUCAACAAUAUUUAUUUGCUCCGCCUUCCUCUGCCCAUUUUGCAUUAGAAAAGGCCUUCCUUUAAAAAAGUCAAUGUGACAUUUGCUGAUAACUUUCAGAUAACAGUGCGUUACAGAGGUAUUAUUUUGCCUGACAACUUUUUGUUUUGAAAGUAAGUUAAAAUUCCAUAUGCAUUUCUUAGGGAGGACUCACAGCCCCCUUUGAAAGUCAAAACAUACAUAAACCCUUCCCCAGAAAAAAAUGUAGCAGGGAUUACAGGCUGAUUUGAUCCUCCCCUAAGCAUUUAAGAAGAAAUCUAAAAUGCAAUAAAACUUUGCUUUUGAUAUGACAGUCUUGAGUAAAAAAAUUCUGUAUUACGUUUCCAUUCCAGUAACUUUUAGGAAGCAUUACACUGUAGCAGUCUACUACUACAGUAUAUAUACAGAAUAAAAUAUUUACCAUUUAGUGAGCACCUCCAAGCCAGGGCCUAGAGUAAAGAUGUAGUUUCAGCCCUGCCAUUAAAUUCAUACUUGAACUAUUUCAAGCAUGAACGUCAAUAAACACUAAUCCCUGCCAUACCAAGAAUUUAAUCCAGUUACCCUUGUAUAAUUAACCAUCUGAACAGCCUCACCACUUGGGGUUCCACUUUUAACCCUAAUUUAAAUCAUGCACUUUAAGUCUGAGAACCUUUUAAACAUGUCAUAGGUAUCUACGUUACUCCUAAAAGCAUUAAUGAAUCAUGGCUACCUCCCUCUCUGGUAGGAUAGGGUUGCUUAUUCUAUAGGAUUGUUUCCUCAGAGUACAUUCUUCCAUUGAAGUUUAAAAUUAUUUAAUUUUCUAAAUUGCCAAAGUAUGAAACCAUUAUUUUACUUUCGGAUUUAUCUUCUCCCUAAUCCAGUUUUCGGUGUUCAGUUAGAACCGACACACCGAUUUAUAGGUGGUCCUUAAUGCUCUGAUAGGAAUAUUUGAGACAUGAAUUAUAUUCUUGGAACUAUUUUGUACUGAUGGGAUUGGAUUAACAUUUUUAUGAUUGCUGAAAAUAAGAAUAAGCAAAAAUGAAAAUUUCAAAUACUGUUUUUUAUAACUGUGCUUAAAUUUAAAAUGUGAUUUUCUUAAAUUCCAAGGCUGGUUUCAUUCAACAAAUAAACCAUGAUUUUUAGUCCCCCUUUAAAUUCUUUGCCACUCAAAACUCAUGUCAUCGCCAUUGAUUUGGGCUUUUUGUAGGCAGGCUUUUACAACAGUAAUACAAGUUGCUCCAUUUUGUUUUGACUUUUAUCUAAAAACCAUUCUACUAAUUUUGGAUUUUUUGUUACACAGCUGUCAAUUUGUACUUUGUGAACUUCACAUACCAUUCCCUCAUCUAGGAGUACUACCACAGUAAUGCUAUCAUGGUGCCAAGGAAUUGUGAUUGUAAUUCUUCUAUACACAGUUUUAAAAUGUGAAUUUUAUAU